AUGCAGUAUGAAAAGAAAAGCCCCAUUGACCACAUCCUCCACCGCCCUGACACUUAUGUCGGGAUUGUACUUUGUGUUGUCGAGCCAAUGCCACUUUCCCACAAGAUCGGCCGGAUAGAAUGUGUAAGUCUAGAUGCAUUAGUGUCGUACUCACCAGCACUCUACAAGAUAUUUGACGAGCUUCUCGUGAAUGCCGCCGACAACCACUUCCAAUACCAAGACACCACGGCGCUUACUAUUACGGUUACCAUGGCCGAUGUCACUGUGCGCAAUACUGGUCGUGGGAUCCCUAUCGAGAUGCACCCGAUCGAAAAG